CCGCACGCCAUAUUUAAGCGACGAGAGGUGGGGGAAAGAGGAGACAUUUAGGGUUUGUGUGGGUGUGGAGUGGGGUCUUACCCCCUUCCCCGGCUUCAUUUCGUGCGGUUCGGCCACAGGAGGAGCGGUGAGGAGAGAGAUUGACGAGCCGCUCGCCAGACAGCAUCCACGAAGCCCGUCACCAUGAGCGGCGGGACGCCAUACAUCGGCAGCAAGAUCAGUCUGAUCUCGAAGGCACAGAUCCGCUACGAGGGCAUUUUGUACACGAUCGACACGGACAACUCGACCGUGGCUCUUGCUAAGGUGAGAUCAUUUGGUACAGAAGACCGGCCCACGGACAGACCUGUUGCCCCAAGAGAUGAAAUCUAUGAAUACAUAAUCUUUCGAGGCAGUGAUAUCAAAGAUAUUACUGUGUGUGAACCUCCAAAGCCUCAACCCCAGGAUCCUGCUAUUGUACAGUCUUCACUGAGCACUUCAUCAAAUGCUUCAUAUCAGCCUCCUACGUCAUACAGUCCUUUCCGUAGUAUGACUCCAUACAGCCAAUUUGCUGGAGGAUCCCUGGUUGGACAACAGUAUGGUGCCACUGUGGGCUUAGGAUGUUCAACACCCACUCAAAUCACAACUGUUUCUCAGUCCAGUACUGAUAGUCCUCCCUCACCUCAACCAGCCUUUACAGAGCUUGAAAUACCACCUGAUCCAGCACCUUUGCAGAAAAGCCAACUGAUUUCUCAGGCAGCUACUGGUUUUCCAUUUUUACCAUCAAGACAAAGUCCUAUGGUGGAACAAGGUGUGCAGACAAGUCCAACAGAGGGUCUUAACCAGAAGAACCUGCAACAGGAUAAAAUUGCUACCAGUAUCAAUCAGCAACCUGUUGGUCUGGAGCAAAAGAAAGUUGUUUCACUGCCUCUAAUACAAAAUCAAGCUCAAGUGAAUGAUGAGAAUAAAAAGCCUCAACCUCAAAGGAGACGGACAGGCAAUAGAAGAGUCAGAAACCGAGGAAGAGGACAAAACUUUUCUGGAAGUAAUAAAGAAGCAACGAUGAAGUUUGAAAGGGACUUUGAUUUUGAAAGUGCAAAUGCUCAGUUUAAUAAGGAAGAGUUUGAAAAGGAGUUCCAAAACAAACUGAAAAUUAAAGAUGAUAUUGUACAUAAAGGAGAUAAUGGCCAACAAGAAGAGAAAGGAGAUUCAAUUGUAGAAACACUAAGUACGGAAGGAAAAAAGGAGCCAUCACUUGGACCCAACUGUUACUAUGAUAAAACAAAAUCAUUCUUUGAUAAUAUUUCUACUGAGCCAAAGACAAGACGUACGUGGGCAGAAGAAAGAAAGCUUAAUACAGAAACAUUUGGGAUCUCUGCUAAAUUUGUUCAUGGACGUGGUUUCCGUGGAGGCUUCCGUGGUGGAAGAGGUCGUGGAGGUGGGAGAAGAACUUCUUCAAUGCCAAGAAAUAAUGGUGGCAGCAGAGUUUAGUUAAGAAAUGGCUGAAGUUUUUUGGAUUGUGCAUGUGUAAAUGCACAAAAAGUGGCACUACGGAUGUGACGUGAACUAAUGAGAAUACAAUUUUGUUUGAAUAAACCCAAAGGAGUUACGGGCAAGCUACUUGUAAAAUAUUGUUUCGGGUAUCCUGCCAAUAAGAUUUUUGUAUUGAUGAUCAGAGCUCCUUUCUGUGGGAGAUGAAUGUAUUUAUUUUGGGUUAACUGUUUAACAGGUGAAGGAGUAAUUGUGUGAAACUGGCUUGUUUGCGCAGUUGUGCAAGGAAAGCUUAAUUUAUUAUUUUGAAUACAAUUUCAUGUUGUAACUGUUGCUCCAUAUGGUCAUGAUUGACAACAGCCCUCCAUCACAAUGAAAAAGCAACUUAAGUAUCUUAAAUACCUAAAACAUUUCUCACCCAUGCAGUUUGACACCAGAUCCAUCUGGUACCUAAGUGUAAGACUAGUGUCUGUAAUAGGUAUGAAUGAGGGUAUAAUGAAUAAUGGUAAACAGAUUUGUCAUGAGGUUAUCAUAUUUGUAUGCACUUGGAAUUUGGUAACUUCAUUUUUUUGUUUUUACAGUGCAAAACUUUGCUAUGGUCUUGUAAUUUGAAGAAUUGUAAACAAUGGUUUGUUUUCAAGAGCAUUUCAAUUUUAGAGAUUGGAAGUGCUUUUCAAUGUACCCUCACACUUGCAAAAAUUAAAAUGACUUCAUUGUAUCUUACACUUGUCAGAUACAGUGUUUUAUCUUGGUACCUUUUUGAUUCCUGGAGAUCUGCUAUAGGUCAAUUGGUGUUAAACUUGAUUGCUUCUGUUUACAGAGUUAGUCCAGUUCUCCUGGUAGAUUGCAGAUUUGUAAAUAAAAGAGCUGAGUUUACAUCUGAGGCUGCUUAAGAAUGAUGGUUUCCUGGAAUCUAAUCAUGUUGUACCACCAUAAAAUACUGUAAUUGAAAUCCAUUUGGAAAUGAAUGUCAGUUCAGAUGGUAUAAAUAUUCUCAAUGGACUUUAUCAACAAGAAGCCUUCAUGAUACGCUGCAGUGUUUUUGUACAAUGAAGUUGGUGUAAUGCUAAUGGAAGCCAACUGCUAAGAAAUUUCUCCAGGGGCAUCAAUUUGGUUAUUAAAUUUCCUGGGAUGCAGCAUGUGCAUAAGUAUACUUUAUUCUGUCUGGCAAACAUCUGAUUUAUGAGUGUGCUGGACUUGUAUUUGAGCUUUUCAUUUCCAUGCUAUGAGUGUUACAAAUUGCAUGGAAUACCAGAUAUAAAACUCAUUUGAAUGUUCACUGCACUAUGCAGACUAGUGCUUUUUGAAAAGUAUGUGCAGCACUGAUCUGUACAAAACUAACAUUCUGAAUAUGUUCAGAUAACAGUAGGUGUUUGAAUAUUUUUUUUCACAAAUAUUUGGCACUUGUUGAUCUGGGAAGAGAUCGCUGCCUUUGGUGGAAGAUCACUGCCUUUGGUUAAUUGUUUGGUAUGCAAUAGUAUGCCUGUUACUGUGCACAUUUUUUUUUGAAACUUUGAAGACUGACAUUACAAUGUCACAAAGCCAUGGUAAUUGCACUCUUGUAGCAAUAAAUUGUGUGAAAUACACUUUAACAUUGGGCAAAUUUCCCCAGUGAUUUAAUAAAUGACAGAUAAAGAACA